AAGGAAGGCAAAAGAACAAAAAAACAAAAAAAGUCCGGAGAGAAAGUCACCGGAGAAAACGAGACUCAGGCGAUCUCUCCAAUCUCCCGCUCUCUAUACGCUCAACGAAACACACUUUCUUUUCUCUCCUCCGUCACUCUCUGAUCCUCAAUCUCCGCUUCUCUUGCUGCUCCGGCGACUUAACAUGCGGUUUUGAAGAUAUAUUAUUGAUUUUCUUUAAUGAAUGGAGCUAUGGCUGAUUUAUCAUCCUCAUCGUCACCAACGGUCGGUGUAGCGAAAGAUAAUAAGCUAUGGAAAGGUGUUUUUGCUGUUUCCGGAAUCAUGACUACUCUUGUGAUCUAUGGCGUUUUACAAGAAAAGUUAAUGAGAGUACCUUAUGGCUUAAACAAGGAGUAUUUCAAGUAUUCACUGUUUCUUGUAUUCUGUAACCGCAUUACCACCUCUACUGUUUCUGCUGCUGUCUUAUUGGCGAGUAAAAAAGCUUUGAAUCCCGUUGCUCCAAUUUAUAAGUAUGGUCUCAUAUCAAUAUCAAACAUAUUGACAACAACAUGCCAGUAUGAGGCCCUGAAAUAUGUCAGUUUUCCAGUUCAGACACUUGCGAAAUGUGCCAAAAUGAUUCCUGUCAUGAUUUGGGGCACUGUUAUCAUGCAAAAAAGAUACAAGGGAAUGGACUACUUGUUGGCUUUUCUUGUUACUUUGGGCUGUUCUGUUUUUAUUCUAUUUCCGGCAGGAACUGAUAUCAGUCCAUACAACAGAGGAAGGGAAAAUACUGUUUGGGGUGUCUCUUUGAUGCUUGGUUAUCUCGGGUUUGAUGGCUUUACAAGCACAUUUCAAGACAAGCUAUUUAAAGGUUAUGAUAUGGAAAUACACAACCAAAUUUUCUAUACUACAGUUUGCUCCUGUUUUAUCAGUUUUACAGGGCUUAUAAUACAAGGGCAUCUACUUCCGGCCAUAGAUUUUGUUUAUCGUCAUAAUGAUUGUUUCUAUGAUAUUGUUUUGCUUUCCACUGUAGCAACUGGUAGUCAAUUCUUUAUUUCUUACACAAUUCGCACAUUCGGCGCUCUAACUUUUGCUGCCAUAAUGACCACAAGACAGUUGGUGAGCAUCAUGCUGUCGUGCGUGUGGUUUUCCCAUCCUCUUAGCUGGGAACAAUAUAUUGGCGCAGUUAUUGUAUUUGUUUCCCUAUAUUCAAAGAACUUUCUGAAAGGUGGCACAUCUCCACGGCCCCUACCGGCUGAACAACAUACGCAAAAUGGAGCUUCCAGUCCUGUAAAGCUGAAUCCUUGAUCGAGCGUUUAACUACUUUUCAACUUGAUUAAAUGACUAAUUAGUGAUAAAUGUUUUUUGAGGGAUAUUAGCGAUGAUUUAACCCUAAAUAUAGUUGAUAGUAUUUGAAAGUAAAAACUACGAAAUGCCAUUUUUGUGUAGGGAUAAUAAUUUUUUUAGAUUGACCAAAUCUACGGAAGUUUGUUUCUUCUUCUCUUCUAUUUUGUUUCCUGAGUCUGAGAGUUACAAGGUUGUAAGAAUGUGUAAUGCAAUGGCCUAAUUCUGUUUUGUUUAUAAAAUUUUAUUUUUCUGUU